UGCUAUCAAGGGCUCUAGGAUGUUCUAGAACUUUCAAACAGGGAGUGAGACCAGAUAUCCUAGUCCCUGCAUCUUUCAGAUAAGGUGGAAGUCAAGAAGGGCCAGGAGGACCCAUGGAGGCUUGAACUCCUGGGUCCGGUCUCAUGGCCAUGUCUUUAGUCACUGCCUUGCUGGGAUAGCCUGCCCCUGGUGUGUAAAAACGACCUCUAACACCCACAGAUCUUUUUCUGUGUGUGCCUUGCAAUAGGCAAAAUCCAUGGAUUGCCUGCAUUCGGGAGGUUAAAGGGGCAUGAUACCUGGGCCAGAAGUGGAGAAGUCAGGAUUCUAGUCCUCAAAUCUUAGGCAGCGACUGUCCCUUUAGUGUCAGCCUCCUAACUUGAAUUAGAAUAACAAGUCUUAGCCUAAGACUGAUUGUUUAAAGUUGCAAGGCAAAAUGCCAAGGUUUUGUCCCCAGUUCUGGUGCUAAACUGCCAUGUGACUUCAGACAGUUGGUCUCCUGCUUUUCCCUCUGAAGAAUGGGGGUGUUGGGUGUUUCUAUCUCUUGGAUCUUUGUAGCUGACAUUUGAGAUUGAGGCCACCUGUGCGCCCCUGUGCCUUGCCAUUUAUAAGUAUGCCUGGUCAGAGCGAGGAGGGGGAUUCGAUGCGUGCUGUCAGCUGUAUACUCAGGACAGCUGGGGGCUUUUAUGGGCGAGGUCGUGCGUGGGUUGGAGAGGUUUCCCAGAAGAGGCAGUGUUUGAGCUGAGUCAGCAUACCAGACGCGACCAGGCGCUUUCCUAUACGGGUGCAGAAUAAUGUGGGUUUUAAAGCUCUUCAGACUUGGUUCUGAUCAGUCUCAGCAUUCGAUACCUGUGCUUUCUUUGACCUACAGUUUCCUCAUCUGGACUCUGAAAAAGUCAUUUAUGCCAUAGGAUUGUGGAGACAAUUAAACAAGAUUAUACAUAUAUAAAUAAAAAGCCUGUACACAGUAGGCCCUCAAUAAAUGUGAGCUUUUCCCACCUCAUACUAACUGGUCAGAUUUUUCUUUGUGGGAACAAGACAGUGCCAGCUUCUUCCCUCACCCUUGUGGUUGCGAUUCAGGUAACAGGGGACGUAGGAAUGUACCUUGAACUGUAUGUAAGCAGUAGUAAUAGAAGUGGCAUCCCCAGGGCCAGGUGAGGCAUCAUGUAAUUCAGUCAGAAGCCAUCGAGAUUCUCCAUUUCACAAGAGAACGCAGAGUAAGGGGCCCACAGAGGGACGUGGACCCACUCUGAGUCUCGCAGCAUGGCAGUGUCCGGGCAUUCUCCAGUCUCUCUGCUUCUUUUCCCUGCAGCAUUACUUCAAAGGUUGCUGCUUCUGUCUGGUAGCCUGUCACUCAGUGCCUGUUCUGUCACCUGUUCUGGUUGGGUUUGUUUGACAUUUCCCCAGUCUCUGAGCUCAUCUCACAUUUAAAGGCUUGAGGUGGGGCGGGAACUUGAGUCAUCACCUUCUCUGGCUUUUCAUCCUGAAUAGCAACCAGACACUCCCUGAGGGCCAUUGCCUGAUGUAGAUGCCACAUGCCUAAAAGUUUUCUUCCCAGAAGCUCCGGUGGACUUGGGAGUAUUUCCUGGCUCUUGGCAGAAGGCUCUCAGUCGUAACUGCCCAGGGCUCCACACCGAGAAGCUCUUGCCUGGCUAAACCAAUACUAGUGCCUCGCUGUUCCUCUGUAGUACAGACUGCUACUCCUUCAGGUUCUCUACACUGGCCCCAUCUGUAAGCACAGUUCUACGUUCAUAUACUUGCCUAAAGUGUGAGUCUAGCCAGUCACUUCAUCGUCCCUGCUUCCUCAUAUAUCACAUUUUGAUUCUUUAUAUUUAGAAAUUUCAGUUUCCUGAGCUCUCUCCCUAGAGAUCCUCUUUUAUCAGGUGUGGUGCAGGAGUGAAUCCUGUCAAGGAGUCUGAAGCUGAAAGCCUGUUGGCAGCACUCUGAGAAAAGCUGAAGUGGGAGUAGCCCACAGUUAGUGAUCGACUAUCUAUUCCUGUGGUUGGACCCUGGACCGUUCUCUGUGCUUUGGUUUUCUUCCUGCCAGAGUUGGAUGGAAAUGCCUGCCUAGGUUGCGUGCUUCCUCGAGAAGCGAUAUGCUACUAGCAGCCUUGUUUGGAGCAAGCCUGGUUAUUUGUACUAGCAUGUCUCCCUUCCUAGCUGAGCCCUCACUCAGGGCAGGGCAGGCUAGGCUCAUGGCUGUGGAGUGGAACCCCUGAGCAGCAGUGGAAUCCAGUCAGCAGCAAUUUAAUGAGGUGCAGGAGAGGUGUGCAGUGUGAAGGCCACUCAAGUUCCCAGGUUUCUCAGUGCUGGCUGCGGCUGCCUUUCCUGACUCAGCCUGGGCUGCAAGUGGCUGCUUUCUUCCCUAUCCGUUUCUGGAAGCCAGGGCUGCUUUAAAGGCAAUAAAACCAAAUCUAGAGCUAAAAGAUGGUUGUUUAUUGCAACUUUAGUAAGGAAGCAAGCUUGGAGAGUAAGAAAGACGAGGGUCCCAGAACAAGGCUGACGCUGUGGCUUAUCUCCCCCAGACCUCUUUUCACCCGCAGUGACUGGCCUAGUUUGAAGAUGAGCAAAGAGCUCCCAGGUGGUUGGGCUGGGAUGAGCUAGGAGCUGACUUGUGUGAUGGGAAACCCUCCCUUUCCAGGGGCCUGCCCUCUCAGCCUGGGCUGGCUCUCUUGGAGUGAGACGGGAAGAACAGACAGGCAAGUCCUCUGCUCCUGGGAACUUGGGGUCUGAUGAGAGACAAGGCCUACAAUUAUGAGAGACUGUGUGACAGUCUGUAAUUAAGUGGCUGCUGAGGAAAGGCAUUGUCUGAGAAGGAAGAAGUGAGUGUGAACAGGAGGAGUAAGAGCCCUUUGAGGGGGUUGAAUUGGCAGAGGCAGAGGGUGGGGCUGGCACUCUAGAGAAUGACUUGUUCAGGCAGAGGGUGGGGCUGGAAGUUAAGUGCGAGUUUGGAGAACUGAGUGUGCUUGCUGGUUUUGCUGAUGCCUCGGGACUGACUGAAAGUCUGAGGGGGACCAGGCAGUUGUAGGUUGCACUGAACUUCUGUAGGGUACAGCUGCUUUUGCGGAUACUGGGAUAAUGCAACUGGGGGACUCUUUAAAGAUGUUGAUUCAGGCUAGGAAUCCACUAGGAAUGAGUGAAAAUGACGACUGGGAGGAGGCCCGAGGGAGAGGUCAGGGCGGGGCUCAUGGGAAGCAUCGAUAGAAUAACAGGCUGUGCUCCUGAGGAGACUCCAGAUCCUGGGGGAGGAUGUGUGCUUGGAAUUUGGAGAAGGAAGUAGCACUCUGAGCAUGCUCCUGCUGCACCUGCCUUGGAGCAGGCUCCGAGCCAGCGCCUCCAUUGGCAGCCUCAUGAAAUUCGUACAGCAAGCCAGAGGCAGGUGGACUUAUCGAAUCCCGUCCUACAGAUAAGGGGAGUGUGGCUCCGAGUCAAGGCUGGCAGACUUCAAGCCUUGGCUCUUCCCCUGCUACUUAGAAAGGAAAUCUGUGCCUUGAGGGGACAAAGGAUCUGACUGAGCUGCUUGCCCCCUGAACAAAGGGAACGGUAGUCACUAAGCUCAGCUCGCUCUGCAUAGCGAGUUCCAGGCCAGCCAGAGUAAAACCCUGUAUUUAACAAAAGAAAAGGAAAAUUGUCACAAAAGCUGCUUUCUGACAAUCCUUGAUGUCAGGAUUGGGUACCGGCUUAGAAUCUCCAUAAAGUUAGAGGAUCCUUACACCUUUUAGGAGCCCCCAGAGCUCUGCUACACGUGUGCUCCAUGUCUGGACCCCUUGGAAAUCCCAGCCAGAGGAGUCAGUCACUCAGAAGCUAGGAAGAGACAGGUCAUGAGGUACUUCACACAAAGCAACCAGAUGCUAGAGCCCAGGUCCAAAUUCCUAGGCUUCAGGUCAGGGACGGUAGGAGAGAGAUCGGUUCUUACCAAAUGGCCCCUGUAGAAAGCAUCAGUGUUGGUUCCUGUCAUGUAGCCAGAAGGUUGAUGACCUGACCAGAAGGUACCCUUAUUCUCUUGGUGUCAGCACCCCCACCCCACCUACCUCCCAGCAUUGAACUUGCUCAUAAGGCAAAACAACCCCAUGCAACCCCAUCCCUGUAAGCCUUCCUUUGUCACCAGUAAACACUCAGCAUCCAUGUGCCGACUGUAUGCUGGGUAUGACGGCAGCCAUGUCUUCACACCUUUUUUUAUUUGUUUGUUUCGGUUUUUUGAGACAGGGUUUCUUUGUGCAUAGCCUUGGCUGUGCAGGAAUUCAUUCUGUAGACCAGGCAGGCCUCGAUUUCACAGAGAUCCACCUGCCUCUGCCCCGAGUGCUGGGAUUAAAGGAGUGCACCACCACCCCUUGGCUUCAUCCCAAAAUCUUAACAGAGGUUGUUUACAGAAGUUUUUCACAGUUCUCUGCGACAGACAGCCUGAGAAACAUCACUUAAGACAGCGGGCUAGAGUGACCGUGCUGUCCCAUUGAGGUGUUGUAAGUUUACUAGAUUGCUGUUUGUCAGGUGCUCUCACAGAAACUUUCAGAGUUCGUGUGUGCUCAGUCCACUUUCUUUGCAGAAGGUUGCUUCUGGAUCUUUGAUAUUUAUCUAGCCUGUUCUGCUGUGCAAAACUUGUAUCCACUGUUCUGCCAACAGACCCUUAUAUGACCCGGUAGAGCCUUUACAGUUGUAUCUGUUUAUUCCAGAGGAGGAAACUGAGGUUCAGUCACAGAGAGUAGCUUGACCAAGGUGACUGUGAGCUGCUCAUUUAUUCAGCAAGUUUUUAAUCAAGUGUUACUGUGUGUCUGGCAGUGAGCCAGCACCAGGGAUACACUGGCAGGCAAAGCUUCCCUGGAGACUUAAAUUCUAGAGUAUGGCGGCAUCAGAAUGUAGUAGGACCUACCUCAGAACUGUGGCCCCAGGCUCUGUCACUGAAGACCCCUCUGACUUGAACCCAGGGCUCCAGAGUUGCAGCCUAUGCGACAUUAAAGCUAGUCAAGGGACAAGUUUCUGCAAACUAAUCAUCAAAAAUGAAAAGAGAGAAUAAAAGGUUUGCUAAAUUAUUAAUGGGACAGUGAGGAAGGGUAUCUCCCAGAAGGCCAUCUGCUAGUGCUCAUUAAAGGGAAGUCACCCAAAGACAGAGAGCUCUCCCUAAGUUCUUGAUCUGACUUUUCUUCAACCUCCAAAUAUUUGAUUACAGUAGGCACAGGUGUGGAGCCCUGUGGCCAUGUGCAGAGCUGGGGACCCUCCUACCUCCUUUAAUAUUAAAUGAGAGGAGAUAAAGGCUGGUCCUAGGGUACCAAGUCCAGGAAGCACUGUAGUCCACCCCCUCAAUUCCCGUGAGUAGAAAACAAACCUAUGGGGAAAGGGACUUGUUACAAACACAUGGUGAGUGAAAGGGCCUUGCCUUCUCCAGCAAGCCUGACUUGGCUUCCCCAACCCCUCCUGGGAGGAACUCCCUUCUAAAAGUCAAGCUGUUUCUGAGAGUCUGUACACUUAUAUUUUUUCCCCAGAUAUUUCUAAAUUGCCAUCUUUUUCAACAAAUUGCCAACUUUUUCAAACACAGAUUUUUGCUUUUUUUUUUUUUUUUGGUAGUUAAAAUGCAACUCAGGCUAGCCCUUGAACUCUUCAUCCUUCCAUUUUAGGCUUUCAAGCACUCAGAUUACAAGUGUACACCACCACACCUGGCUAAAAAUGUUCACAUUUGUAAAGUACUCCACAAGUGGGGUUCACAUUCUUUUUCUUUCUUUUCUUUCUUUUUUUUUUUUUUUUUAAGAACCACUCUUGCCAUCAUGGUGCAUGUCUUUAAUUCUAGAGAAUUCAAGAAGCAGAGGCAGGUAGAUCUCUGGAGGCUAGCCUGGUCUACAAAGUGAGUUCUAGGACAGCCAGGGUUAUAUAGUGAGACUGUCCCAAAGCAACCAGCCUGCGCUCUUCUAGUCCUGCACAGGACUCUAGGAGUAAGGCCCAGAGAGGGGAAGAAGUUGGCCAGUGUCACUCAGCUGUUCUCACCCAAGGAGUCACCUUUCACUAGGCCUGUCGGAAGGAAGUAAACAAUGGAGGAAAUUUGAGGUGGGGCAGCAGAGGACCAGAGCCAAUAUUGGAGGGAGGGAGGGAGGGAAGACUCUGUUGUGGGCACCUUGGGGACUGUUGGUUCCAGGAAGAACCCUUGCCCACCAGAAAUCUUGUCUCCCUGUGUCCUGGCAACAUCAGGUCACAUAAGCUCCUUCAGACACUUCCCCUUGCAGGCUUGGUCACUGUACCCACCCCCACCCCCUCUGAGUGUCUGCUUUUCACUUGUUCCUGGGUUACCGGGAAGAUCUGGUGAAACAGCCCAUAGGGAAUAGAGUGAAAAGGCUAAGAGUGCAGCAGUCCCAGCCAUUGGGGAUCCCAGAGUUGGUGCUAGCCCUGGUUGGGCCGCAGUCAGGCUCAGCAAACAGCUAGUCAGCCUACCAUCCAACCGCUUCAGAGCACCCCUUGCUGGUGUUUUCCUUCUGUGCUACAGGGCAGACUGUGCUGAGCUUCCUGAAUUUGUUCUGUCCCAGGUUGCUGGGAUCUCCACUGUACUUGUGGAACAAAGGCGCUUAGAUAUCAGAUGAGGAGAGGGAGUCAGGGAGACCACAAGGCUGUCUUUGUGCUACCUCUGAGGUGGGUCCCCUGAUAGCUCAUCUCUGCAGCUUCUUUUCAACCUAUCCCCACCCCCGCCUUCCACCCCCCAAUCUGAGGAAGUAGAGCUCCUCCCACAUUUGAUUGUUCAGAAGACUGGCCUGGAGAAUCUUAAACCCUUAAGGGGCGGAAGCUGGGGGAUUGUGUCCCCUCGGCCUUAUCGGCUUUCCCCGUGUUCCUUUUAGUUUCACUUUGGGUUUAAAACCCAAACUUAAAGCAGGAAGCAGCCACCUCAAGCCCUGCCUGACUGGGAAGGUCUAGGGGAGCCUCAGACCUCACUAGAACGGUAUGGUGUGCCUCAUCCCUGAAGGGUCCCACCCGUGUUCCAGAGGUCUGGCUCGUGGGUGGGGCCCAGUGGGGAGAGGCGCCAGGCAAUAGACAGUGGCGCCCUGGCUAGGCAGUCUGGGACUGGGCCAGUAGGACGGGUUCCCUGGUAAAGUCAGUUCACUCGGGUGUGGUCCCAGCAUCAGGCCCCCCAGGUGGGAAGCUACUGCCUUUUAAACACCCCAUUCUUCUGGGGCUGGGCGGAACAGAACUGGCCCUGGGAAAGAAACCAGGGCCUCCGAAUUUACCUUUCGCAGAGCUGCUCACUUUCCCUAAAGGUAAGACCAAAUACCAGCCUCUGCCUUGAAGCAGUUUCUUCUGAGUACCCAGCUUGCCUGAAAGCCCCUUUGCUCUGUUCAGUUUAUCCUCUCACCUCUUUAAGUCUCGGGGUAAUAGGUACCUUCGGCUUCAGGCUAGGUCUUCCGUGCUCAGAAGCGCACAGGGCGUCUGUUUCUCUGCAGGGGUGGGUCCCUCCAUCUCUGUACGUCUUCUAUCCAUACAGUGGAUCUGCAUUUUAGGAAAGCUAGCAAGAGUAUCUAACUCUGUUUUCUGGGAUGAACUCUACUCCCUAAGGGUACCUUAGGAAGUGUUAGGAAGCGCUCUGAAGAAGGGCUACACCCCUGUAUCAUAGAAAAGUGGCACACUGAUGAGCCCAUACCCCUAGGUUCAGACAGACCUGCAGCUCAGAGUCGUGCUAUUUGGACUCAAACACCUGGAAUCCUGUCACCUAGAGCUCUCAGGUUCUCACUUACAAAUAUAGUGGUUCCUAUCACCUGGUUAGUCUCACCCUGAAGGUAAGAGAGGCGUUUAAGGAGGCCCAGUGCAGAGACUAUACUAUUACUCAAAACACUGACUCCAUCCCCCACUCCAAACCCCACCCCCAGAGGUGUAGCUGGACUGUGGGCUAUUUGGAGGGCAGCCAUUAGCUGUCUGUUUACAACACAAGGCUCUGGUUGGGGAUCUGAAGAACUCAAGGAGAAGGACUUUCAUUCCCCACAAACUGGUAGGCUCAAAUAAACAGAAUUUUUGAGAGGCAAGGGCAGCUUCUGCAGAGGUCAGGAUUGGCUGAGCUGGAGAGAUCUGCCCUGCACAGGUAUUUGCCUGGCAUUGAGAGCUGGGCCUUGUCUCCACAGAGUGCUCAUCUGGGCAGUUUUCUGUAAGCUGUGGCUGAGAGCCUGUUAUGCGUAUGUUGGAAGCAGAUUGAAUAGUUCCAGACUCUCCUGGAACCUUCUGCCUUCCCAGGCUUCCCACGCUUCAUGACGUGGCUGUUGCUCUGCACAGAGGUGUGGUCAUAGUCAGGAGGUGUCUGCUACCUGUGCUACCUGUGCCAAGGGGUGGGGCUUGUUUGACAGCACCCAGUAGAAACAGGAUUAAACUACCCUUUACCCAACAGCUUCCUCAAAGGAGAGAGCUCAUGUGAUAAGAGUGGGAGCAGUCCAAGAGGAGGGCAGUUAGUCAGCCCUCGGCUCCCCUCCAUAACCUUUCCAAACAGUCAUGUGUUGAGUACCAGAGGCUGAGCAAAGAGGCAGGGAAGACAGAACCAGCUGACUUCCAUCCAGCUUGGAGACUGCCCAAGCAGGUAACAGAUAGACAAGAUACCAUGUGAUUGUGUUAAAAGGCAGAAGGAGGCAGCCAAGUGCAGAGAGGGACCUACUUGGGAGGCUUAGAGGACAUCACUGGAAGUAGGGAGGAUGGGGAGCAGCCCCAAUUAAGACCCUGGAGGGCUGUAUUUGCUAAUUUCCAGAAGGUCUGGGCACAUUUAGAUGGGAGAGUAAACCUGGUUAGCCCUGAAGUGAGCACCUUUUUUAGCUCCCUGGAGAGCCAAGGAUCCUGAAGUAUUACUAGUCCGAUAAAGACAGGUUACCUCAGAACUUCAGACCAGGAAUGGAAUUGUACUCCUGUGAUCUCAGCACUCCAUCCAGAGGAGCCAGGGGCGCAAGAAGCUUUCAAGUUCAAGGCCAUUGUGGUUUACAUAGCAAGCCCUAGACUACCUUUAAAAAAAAAUCACAAAUACCUACUGUUUUUCAUAAGUCACUAACUUUUCUUCACCAGUCCCAAAUUAUUGCUAACUUUCUUUAAUGCACUGCACACUUCAUCGUAUCCUAUUGCUGAGGGAGGCAGGUGCUGCUUUCACUGAUGAAGGAACAGAGAGGUAGGUGACUUGCCCAAACUCACACAGCACAGUCAAGAGUUGAAGUCCUGAUUCAUGGCGCUUUUGGUCUAACCACACUGCCGCCUUUGUUUAAGAAACAAGAAUGUUUCUUGUUUCUGUUACUUUUAUUUCUUUUUUGAGGGGAGGGAGGGGGCAAAGUUGCCAUCCCCAAAUGAACAUUUUAAAAGUUUAGGUAAAAGAGUAUGAAGGCUGGCAAGAUGGCUGCAAGGAUGAGGGUACUGUCAAGCCUUAUGGCCUGAGUUUGAUUCCUGGGAUCCAUUGAAAAGUGAAGGAGGGUCAACUCCAGAGAAUUGGUUUCUGACUUCCCCCUGGCAUGGCCACACAAAUAAAUGCCUUUUUAAAAAGCAACUGUGUGGGGUUGGGGAUUUAGCUCAGUGGUAGAGCGUUUGCCUAGCAAGCGCAAGGCCCUGGGUUCGGUCCCCAGCUCCAAAAAAAAAAAGCAACUGUGUUACAGCAGUAAGGUCAGGAUAAUCUUUUUCUGUUUCCUGUAUCACAAGUAGAUCUGUAAUAUAUUGGUUUUUUUUUGAAGUUUUGUUUUAAUCUCUAGACAUGUUGCUGUCUAGCUGCUUCUGAGAGUCCUGUGAUACUAAUAGAAAUAUCACUGCCCCUGUACACCUCCAAGCUUUAUCUCCUAUUUGAAUUCAUUUUUCUGUUUGCUAAAUUUCUGGAAAGAUAGGCAUAUUACAAACCAGCACCUGUUCCUAAACACAUCUCACUCAGGUCGGAGAUGUGUGUGAGGACAUUGAUACCUGUCAGCCCAUCACCAGGAAGGCAGCGGCUGGGAGACUUAGUAAGACCUCAGUUUCCAAAGUCAACAGAGGAAGAAAAAGUAAGUAACAAGAAGUAACAAGCCGAAUUACAGAGUCAGGCCUAGAGUUUUAAAUCUGUAUUUCUCUGACUUUGGAUGUGGGGUGGACGUGGUAAUUGCUAAGUGGGGCUCGUGGUAGGAACGAGCCCCUCAGUGUACCACCCACUAGCUCAUUCCUCAGAAAUUAUUAAAUUGACUAGCAGCCUGGGGACAUUAAGUAUAUUUUCAUUGUUCACACUCCUCCCUACAUCUGUCUCCAGAGCAUCACAUCAUCCCAAAGUGAAACUACAUAGAACCACUCCCUGCUGCCCUUGCCUGCCAUCUGUGUCUGAUCUGACCAGUCUGGGGGCCUCAUCUAGGAACCCAUUUUAAGAUGGAACUCUUUGAAACGUGGGGGCUCACGGGGGUCUGUGAAUAAUUAGCUCCUGUGAUGGCAACUAAAUCUUCUUGUACCCUGCGGAGUUAUUCGUGUCUGUGCCGGGGCUCCAGCAACACUGGUAAAGGACCUCUGCUCUCCUGGAAGAGUACCCUCUCCAGAGUCCAUGGAAACCCCACCCUUUGUGGAAGGGACUCUCACUUAGUCACUUGCAGUAGGAUCUGAGCCAUGUCUGUCCCUUUAUUUUCACCAAGACUUCCUUUGGGAAGGGACAAUACUUCCCAGAAUUACUGGGACAAGAUGGUGGCUUUCUCUUUUCAUCCUUAAAGAUUUAGCUCAGUGUCCAGAUAUGUUGGAUACAAAGUAACCAGGGCUCGGUUUCUCCUUUCUGGAAGUAGUGAAGACUACAAGUAAGAUGACUGGCCUGAGCCUUGUAACAUAUAACUGCAAUGUGGCAGAAACCCAGCCAUGCUUGCUCUGUGAAUUAGCUCUCCAGCAUUUUUUUUUUAUUGGCCAAUUUUUUGAAAAUCUGGUCUGAGGAGCAAUGAGCUGUUUUACUGUUUUACUGCAUGUGAGACAUUGCCUUAGAAGCUCCUGGGUUGGUCCUGUAGACGGAAGGAUAGGGGUCAGGAUAAAGGUUCUGGUAGGUGACCAAGGACGAUGGCGCUGUGUCAUAGAGUAGUAUCCUAAGUUAUUUCCACUGUGAUUGUCUUCUCAAGGGACAGCAGAUCCUUAGGCUUGGAAAUUGUUCUUCAUAUUGGACCCAAGACAGGCAGCAUCAGUCAUGGCCUUCCCACUGUGCAGGGACACAGCUUUAGGGUCCUUCUCAACACAUGAAAACACCAGUCCCCUAGAUGUAGCAUGUCCAGUGGGACUUAGGCCACCCCUAACUUGGGCAUUCUCCUGUUUUUCCACAUAGGUGUCAGUCCUAGGAGGGGAAGGGACAGUUCAAGAGGCAAGUGAUGUCACAGGUCUCUUUGUGAGAGUAGAAGAGUCUAGCAGGACAACCAAAAGCCUAGGGACAGUGUUGGCAGAGCGCCUCCUAGACGGGUAGAAGCUGUCCAGGUACAGUCUGUCUGUCUUCUCGAGGUGCCCCUGGGGUGCGGCUUGGGUUGUGAAAGCUCCUGAGGAGGGCAAACUUACCUCUUCUAGACUCUGGGAUGUGUCAGUUUUGCCGACGAGCUGGUAUGCUCACUAUUAAUGAGACUGGAUGCCGUGAAGUUGGGUCUUGUAGAACAAACAUGGGCCUUGUACUUAGCAAAUAGAACAUGACUUGCUGUGUAAUGCUGAACAAAUUCUCAACUUCUCUGGGCCUCAGUUUUCCUUAGCAGUAUAAAAGAAGAAUGUAAAAGAUAUCUUGAGGGGUCAGAUUCUGAGAUUUCGUUUUAGGGCCUCACACUGUGGCUUUUGAAAGCUGUCUUCCCAACUGUCACCGUGCUGUGAUUUCAGAGGAAGGGAGCUCGGACAAGGAAGGCUAUGGCAGUGUGAGGGAGCAGCAUGGAGAUGACCCUUGUUCCCGCACCUCCAUCUGCCCACCGUGCACCUCUCUCAGAUUCCGCCUCCCUGUGUUCCUGGGCCUGGGACGGAGCCAGAGGAACACAUGGGUUUCCAUCUACAGGAAGCUCAGGGUCUGGAGGAGCAGCGCAGUAAACGAACAGACCAGCAAAGCUAGAAUGGCAGCCGAGACCUGUGCUCACCCAAGCAGGGGAGCGGGGUGAACCUGGGGAGACUGUAAGAGAACUCUGGGGGAGGAACACUCAGGUGUCCUCCUCACCAGAGAAGGGCAGUGCAGGCAGGAACAGCGCCCAAGGACCUGAAACUGUAACUGCUGUGAUUUGGCAAAAAGAAUUUGUUGGAGGAAGGUGAAAGGACGCUGGAGAGCAGUGCCAGCAAUGUGGGCUGGGCAUGUCUGCGAGCACAUGGACAGGGACUGAACCCUCAGCCUGCUGGCCAAUUGGAAAAUGUGACCCUUCACUUCUGGCCGGUAGAGUUUCUGGAAAGCCUGGGACUGAGAGCCGGUGGGCCCCUGGAGCCAUUUUAGUGACAGAUACUCAGUUACCAUUCAUCUUCCACCAUAAAUUGGGCCUAGCCAGGGAUACCUGGCCUCUAGGCAAUUUGACUUAGAGCCUGUAUGGUGGAAUAUAUCUCAGGAGGGGUAGGUAGGAUAACUACCAUCUCUUCUCUGACAGGCUUCUAUGCUGGGGAAUCUAAGGGCCUUAUACUUUGUGACCUUUGGGCAUCAGAGAGAGACAUGUUCAUCAUGCCUAGUGGCAUAUAAGAAGACCCCACCACCGGUCCCUCCACGUACCACAUCGAAACCGUUCAUCUCAGUUACCGUUCAGAGCAGUACUGAGUCUGCUCAGGACACCUACCUGGACAGUCAAGACCACAAGAGUGAAGUGACAAGCCAGUCGGGCUUGAGUAACUCAUCAGACAGCCUGGACAGCAGUACCCGGCCACCCAGUGUGACACGGGGUGGAAUUACGCCAGGCCCUGAGGCUCCAGAGCCACCCCCUAAGCAUGCAGCUCUGAAGAGUGAACACGGGACACUGACGAGCUCUGAGUCCCACUCCGAGGCCGUCCCCAAAAGGAAACUGUCAUCAAUAGGAAUACAAGUUGACUGCAUUCAGCCAGUGCCAAAAGAGGAGCCCAGUCCCGCUACCAAAUUCCAGUCCAUCGGGGUUCAGGUAGAGGACGACUGGCGAAGCAGCGCCCCCUCUCACAGCAUGUCCUCCCGUCGGGACACUGACUCCGAUACCCAGGACGCCAAUGACUCCAGUUGUAAGUCAUCUGAGAGGAGUCUCCCAGACUGUACCUCACACCCCAAUUCCAUCAGCAUUGAUGCUGGCCCCCGACAGGCCCCCAAGAUUGCCCAGAUCAAGCGCAACCUCUCCUAUGGAGACAACAGCGACCCUGCCCUGGAGGCAUCUUCGCUGCCCCCACCCGACCCUUGGCUGGAGACUUCCUCCAGCUCCCCAGCAGAGCCAGCUCAGCCAGGGGCCUGCCGCAGGGAUGGCUACUGGUUCCUGAAGCUCCUUCAGGCUGAAACGGAGAGGCUGGAAGGCUGGUGCUGUCAGAUGGACAAGGAGACCAAAGAGAACAACCUCUCUGAAGAAGUCUUAGGAAAAGUUCUCAGUGCUGUGGGCAGCGCCCAGCUCCUGAUGUCCCAGAAAUUCCAACAGUUCCGUGGCCUCUGUGAGCAGAACUUGAACCCUGAUGCCAACCCCCGUCCGACAGCCCAGGACCUGGCAGGGUUCUGGGACCUGCUGCAGCUGUCCAUUGAGGACAUCAGCAUGAAGUUCGAUGAGCUCUACCACCUCAAGGCCAACAGCUGGCAGCUGGUGGAGACCCCCGAGAAGAGGAAGGAAGAGAAGAAACCACCCCCUCCAGUCCCGAAGAAGCCAGCCAAAUCCAAGGCGGCAGUGAGCCGCGACAAGGCCUCAGAUGCGGGGGACAAGCAGCGGCAGGAGGCCAGAAAGAGACUCCUGGCCGCCAAGCGGGCAGCAUCUGUGCGGCAGAACUCGGCCACAGAGAGUGCAGACAGCAUCGAGAUUUAUGUCCCUGAGGCCCAGACCAGGCUCUAAGGCCACAAAGGAGAAAGCACUCAUUUUAAAUCAUUAAAAACUCAAUGCAAACGGAACAGCGUUUCUCACCCUUUGGUAUGGUUAUUAUCUCUAGAGACCCUGAGCCAACUUUCCAAUUGACACGUACAAGGGCUCACAAGGUGGCUUUUCUGGGUCCCUCCAAGCUUUAGGUUAUGAAGACUUGACUCAAAAAAAAAAAUUCAAAAACCACAAUCUAGAACCUUUUCCCUUGGGCUGCCAUGGUGGACCAGACGACGACUUGGGCAGCCGUGGCCCGGCCUCCAGAUUGCGGUCAUUUUGCUUGCUCUGUCUGCUGAGAACUAGCUUGUUUACAAGACGACGACAGUCCAAGGCAACCUUGGGCCCCUGCCAUGUCCCUCCCUUCCCUACAUCCCACAGCUUUUCUGUUUCCCUGCAGAACUCACAGGGGUCACCACUCUGUGGCUUCUGGUUCACACCCUUUAGGGCUGAGGGCCCAGAGGACAGAGAGAAGGGCAGCAUCCCCUCCUCCCACCCUCCCCACUAAGUGCUCACACACAGCUGGCCCACCCUCCCUCCGCUGCCGUCCGCCAGCCUGGGCAGUGUCGGGCUGGACUGGCCUCCGAGCAGAUAGGAAAGUACUGGUCCUCGGGGUAUGUGGGGAGCCCACGCUUACCAUGCUCCAGCCUCUUCUUCAGCAAAAGAAAAUGUAGGACUCCCAAGUGGCUUCCAGGGGGUUGUCUGCCCUUGGCCGCACCUUCGUCCAGUUCCCCCAGGGGCAGGUGGCGGUGUCUGUACGUAUGUGUACAUAUGCACAUAGACCUUAGAGUGUAUAUUUAAUAAACGCCCAUCUGCUCACCCAAAGCCCACCAGCGCCGCCACCGCCACCGGCUCUCGGGGUACCUGCAGGAGGCGGGUGUGUGAAUAGCAUAUAUUUUUACAUGUACUAUAUCUAGGUGUGUGUACAAGUGUGUGUAAAAAUAUACCUUGUGUGUAAGCAGUCCCGUUUUUGGUUGUCCCCCUAACCUGUCAGCCCAGCCUCUUGAAUUUUUUAUUCUGUUGUGAUUUUCAUCCCAAUCCUCCUCUCCUGUCCCCCACCCCCAUCCCCAAGGUGUUCUGAGCCCUGAGCUGCAAAGGCCUGGGCCCACAGAGCAGGGUGGAGAGGGCAAGGAUGGGUCAGGCCGCCUGGAGGGGGCCCAGUAGACAGUUUGGCGUGCCAGGGGCUGUUCUAUACUGUGCAUAUGAUUCAAGGGCAGUGGGGACAUCCUCUUGUCUGGCGCAUGCUGCAGGGGUCCCCUGGAUGAAGCAAGGGCCUGCUCUGGGGGCCUGUUCCAGCUUGGCCGCCCCCUCUGUGACCUUGGGCAAGUCAUUUGACCUCUGUGUGCCUCAACUUCCUCCUCUGUAAAAUGGGGACAGUCCCUGCCCCUCCCUACCUCACAGGCAUGUUGUGAGAAUAAAUGAGGUAACGUGUAA